AUGUCGUGUCAACCGCCUCUCUGCAUCUUCCUUACCUCUUGCCUCUUGCCUCUUGUCUACAUGUCUAUCUUGGGUCUCGCGUUCUUGAUCUCUCCAUCUCGACGUUAAACUGCAAAGCUGCCAAUCUAGUCUUCCUCUCCGCUCACCAGCUUACCAUAUUACCAUGCUCCCCCGCCGCAUCACAGCUCGUCUCACCACGCCCGUGCGUCACAGUCACCACGCCCGCGCUGGUCGCCAUGCCCGUCCCGCCUUUGACGGUUUCGCCACGCACACUGCGGAUUGCCUCAUCGAUCUCGAGCGCCGUGACUACUCCGACCAGCCCGAUGUAGCAGCCUAUCUGUCUCUUUUCGGCCGACCGACGGGCACCCACCCCGACACACCGAGCACGCCUGAGCAUGUCGAGACCGGUCGCAAGUACCUGGCUGAAGCCUUUAAGCGGCGCGAGGGUCUCUUCAUCGAUCCAGCCCUUCUCCCGCCUCUCACUCGCGACCUUCCUCUCGCUCAUAAACUCAUCCCACACGCCGGAAACCAGGGCUGCCGCCCCGCCUGGGACCGCCACUACGCCCCGUGGGCAUCCAUGCUUCCCAUCAUUCCCACGGCGGCCAACCAGGCGGGUGGAGCGCUCUCCAGUCGCUGGGCGGCGAACAUGGAGAGUGGCGGCUGGAAGCUGAGCGGGCUUACGCCCUUCCUCUUGGGCUGGAACGAGGACGAGUGGAGCGACAAGAGCCUGUCUGUCAAGGUUGGACCCAAGGGCGAAGGACGGCAUGACGCCGGCCUGCUUGUCAAGGUGUGACAACAACUUGCCUAAGCUGAUGCAGACCAACAUCCGCGCCCCGAUCCCUGCGAGUGUGUACCUCCACUGGCUAAGCGCCCGCGACCACGUCGCACUCGCGCGUGAGCUCUACUCUGACCUCUUCAACGUCGUGUACCAGGCCUUCCACACGCCGCACGCCAGCUAUCUUGAGCUUGUGCACCGCGCUCUUACCGGGAUUCCGGAGGAAAUCGAGUGGGGCUCGGCCCAGUUUGACGAGUUCGUCGCUACGCCUACGUGGGAUCGCGAGGCGGACGAGCCGCUGUGCUACCUGGUUGGCGACUGGGCGCGCCCGACUCCGUAGUAUGCGCCCAGCUGCGAGUUUUCGCAAAGUUGUACGUACUUGCUGUUGACCCUGUAAUAUCGAGCUUGUACUUUCCGCGAUGGUGACCCGUUUCUCUGUCGCAACGCGCAUCUGAAUGCCAC